AUGAGUUUUGGGGGUUUUGUAGAGAACAAUUCAGGAGGUGGUGGAGGUGUGAGAAACAUAGGAGAAAUUUCCUACAACAACGAAAGAAUGCCAUUUGGUUCAUUCUCACAACCUCGUCUUGUUACUACUCCAACUUUGGCUAAAUCCAUGUUCAACUCAUCUGGAUUGUCACUUGCACUUCAAACUAAUAUUGAUGGACAAGAAGAUGUGAAUAGAUCAAUGCAUGAGAAUUUUGAGCAAAAUGGUUUGAGAAGGAGUAGAGAAGAGGAGCAAAGUAGAUCUGGUAGUGAUAACUUGGAUGGUGUUUCUGGUGAUGAACAAGAUGCUGAUGAUAAACCUCCUAGGAAAAAGAGAUAUCACCGACACACUCCUCAACAGAUUCAAGAGCUUGAAGCUUUGUUUAAGGAGUGUCCUCACCCAGAUGAAAAGCAAAGAUUGGAACUUAGCAAAAGGCUUUGUUUGGAAACAAGACAAGUUAAGUUUUGGUUCCAAAAUCGAAGAACACAAAUGAAGACUCAAUUGGAAAGGCAUGAGAACUCAUUGCUUAGGCAAGAGAAUGAUAAGCUAAGAGCUGAGAAUAUGUCUAUAAGGGAUGCAAUGAGGAAUCCUAUAUGUUCGAAUUGUGGUGGUCCAGCUAUAAUCGGCGAGAUUUCACUUGAGGAACAGCAUCUUCGAAUCGAGAAUGCAAGGUUGAAAGAUGAGCUAGAUAGAGUUUGUGCACUGGCUGGGAAGUUUUUAGGCCGUCCAAUUUCUUCGUUACCUAACUCAAGUUUAGAACUUGGUGUUGGAGGAAACAACAAUGGUUUUAAUGUGAUGAACAAUGUUUCUUCAGCAUUACCUGAUUUUAGUGGAGGGAUGAAUAAUAACCCUCUAGCCAUUGUGUCUCCUUCGACUAGGCCAACAACUUUGGUGGGUGGAUUUGAUAGAUCGGUCGAAAGGUCUAUGUUUCUUGAGCUUGCUUUGGCUGCGAUGGAUGAGUUGGUUAAGAUGGCUCAAACUAGUGAGCCUCUUUGGAUUAGGAGUCUAGAAGGGGGAAGGGAGAUUUUGAACCAUGAUGAAUAUUCAAGGACUUUCACUCCUUGCAUUGGUUUGAGACCUAAUGGUUUUGUCUCCGAGGCCUCUAGAGAGACCGGCAUGGUCAUAAUCAAUAGCUUGGCCCUUGUCGAGACUCUUAUGGACUCGGAUCGAUGGAUCGAGAUGUUUCCAUGUAUCAUUGCAAGAACCUCAACAACCGAAGUGAUAUCUAAUGGAAUAAACGGAACAAGAAAUGGCGCACUUCAACUAAUGCAAGCUGAACUUCACGUGCUAUCACCUUUAGUUCCGGUUCGCGAGAUAAACUUCCUUAGGUUUUGCAAGCAGCAUGCAGAAGGAGUUUGGGCUGUAGUCGACGUGUCUGUCGACACCAUCAGAGAAACUUCCGGCGCUACAAGUUUUAUGAACUGCAGGAAGCUUCCUUCUGGUUGUGUUGUGCAAGAUAUGCCUAAUGGUUACUCCAAGGUGACAUGGGUGGAACAUGCAGAAUAUGAAGAAAACACAGUCCACCAGCUUUAUAGACCAUUGUUGAGUUCAGGUAUGGGAUUCGGUGCGGCACGUUGGGUCGCUACUCUACAACGCCAAUGCGAGUGUCUUGCCAUAUUAAUGUCCUCCGCCGCACCUUCUCGAGACCACUCCGCAAUAACUGCAGGAGGAAGGCGGAGCAUGCUGAAGCUCGCACAGCGAAUGACGAACAACUUCUGCGCGGGGGUAUGUGCCUCCACAGUCCACAAAUGGAACAAGCUGAGUCCCGGAAACGUGGACGAAGAUGUAAGAGUGAUGACACGUAAAAGCGUCGACGAUCCUGGCGAGCCUCCAGGGAUUGUGUUGAGUGCAGCAACAUCAGUAUGGCUCCCAGUUUCGCCUCAAAGACUGUUCGACUUUCUGCGCGACGAGAGGCUCCGUAGCGAAUGGGAUAUACUAUCCAACGGUGGUCCCAUGCAAGAAAUGGCUCAUAUUGCCAAAGGACAAGAUCAUGGCAACUGCGUUUCUCUUCUCCGUGCUAGUGCUAUGAAUUCGAACCAGAGUAGUAUGCUGAUACUACAAGAAACAUGCAUAGACGAGGCGGGGUCGCUUGUAGUUUACGCGCCGGUGGAUAUUCCGGCCAUGCAUGUUGUGAUGAACGGUGGCGAUUCAGCUUACGUUGCUUUGUUACCGUCUGGGUUUGCGGUUGUACCCGAUGGGCCUGGGUCUCGUGGGCCGGAGAAUGGGCCGACAGCAAACGGAGGCGAGGCUCGUGUUAGCGGAUCACUUUUAACAGUGGCAUUUCAGAUCCUUGUGAAUAGUCUUCCCACGGCAAAACUCACCGUGGAAUCAGUCGAAACAGUGAACAAUCUCAUUUCUUGCACCGUUCAGAAAAUCAAAGCUGCACUUCAUUGUGAAAGCUGA